AUGGCGAGGCCGGCACUCUGCAGGCAAGCCUUUGGGGGCACGAGCGAUGAUCUUGCACAGCUGAACCAGGUGGCCGAGAACAUGGCCAGUGAUGAGGAGGUGAAGGCCAUGGAGGAUCUCGUGGCCCAGGUGGGCAAGGCUGCAGAAUUUGUGGAGGCUCAAGAGCACCAGGCCUGGUGCGAGCUGCCCCUGCGGGAGAUGUCCUGUGCCCUGGCAACCGAAAGCCUCGGCGAAGAGAGCGAGCCAGCACUUAAUGCUGCGAAUCACCUCAUGGUGUGCUUGAUGCAAACAGGCCACGGUGGACGGGCUGUGGGCAUGGGGACCAGGCUGCUGGAGAUUGAGGAGCGUCACUACGGUGCAGACCACCUUUGGGUAGCGAUGACCCUCAGCAACCUGGGGAAUGCCUAUGGAGAGUUGGGCGACUACCAGCGGCAGAAGGAGCUGCUGGAGCGAUGCCUCAGGAUCGGGGAGCAACACUACAGUGCAGACCACCCCAAGGUGGUGAUGACCCUCAGCAACCUGGGGACUGCCUAUGGAGACUUGGGCGACUACCAGCGGAAGAAGGAGCUGCUGGAGCGAUGCCUCAGGAUAGGGGAGCAACACUACGGUGCAGACCACCCUGAGGUGGCGACGAUGCUCAACAACCUUGGGAAUGCCUAUGGAGACUUGGGCGACCACCAGAGGGAGAAGGAGCUGCUGGAGCGAUGCCUUAAGAUCAAGGAGCAACACUACGGUGCAGACCACCCUGAGGUGGCGAAGAUCCUCAACAACCUGGGGAAUGCCUAUGGAGACUUGGGCGACUACCAGCGGGGGAAGGAGCUGCUGGAGCGAUGCCUCAGGAUCGGGGAGCAACACUACGGUGCAGACCACCCGGAGGUGGCGAUGACCCUCAACAACCUGGGGAAUGCCUAUGGAGAAAUGGGCGAUCACCAGCGAAUGAAGGAGCUGCUGGAACAGUGCCUCAAGAUCAAGGAGAAACACUACGGUCUAGACCACCCUGAGGUGUCGAAGAUCCUCAACAACCUGGGGGCUGCCUGUGGAAAGCUGGGCGACUACCAGCGGAAGAAGGAGCUGCUGGAACAAGGCCUCAAGAUCGAGGAGCAACACUACGGUGCAGACCACCCGGAGGUGGCGACGAUCCUCAACAACCUGGGAACUGCCUGUGGAGAGUUGGGCGACCACCAGCGUGCGAAGGAGCUGCUGGAGCGAUGCCUUAAGAUCAAGGAGCAACACUACGGUGCAGACCACCCUGACGUGGCGUCGAUAAUCAACAACCUGGGGAGUGCCUAUGGACUUCUGGGCGACUACCAGCGGCAGAAGGAGCUGCUGGAGCGGUCGUUGGAGAUCUUCCAGCGCUCGCUUGGGCCCGGGCAUCCGUCAGUGGACCUGGUGCCCAAGGCCUAUGCUCGUGUCGCCACAGCCAAGGACAGCCAAGGGAAGGGCUUCACGUGGCUGGAUGCGUUGAGGAGCGUGGAUUGCGACGCGCAAGCCAAAGAAGCGACCUGUGUAUUCCCCCAGAUGGGCACUAUUUUCACCCACCAGGUUCUCACCCGUGAGGAUGCCUGCGACUUUGUCUUGCAGGUCGUGGAUGCUGGUGGUGAGGGCGAGGAGCCAAUCUGCGUGGGCGUCGUGAGCGAUGAGCCAGUUGGCUUCUGGUGUUUGCCCGUGGGCCAUCCGCAGUUGGCAAGCUCAAUUGGUAUAGUGUCAGCAGGUCCUCAUGCAGGACACAUUGUGCAGGCUGGCCAGCUGAGGAGGGUAGAGCAAGGCAUCGCAAGUGGAGACACGAUCCGGAUUCAGAUAGAGCCUGGCUCUACUGUGAAGAUAUGGCACGGGCCAACCGUCCUUGGCGCGUUUGUGGUGGGCGGCAAUGGUAUGUUCCGGUGCGCCGCGAGCUUGAGCAGCAUUGGACAGCGCGUCAGGAUCGUGGAUAGCGCGCAAGAUGCGAGCGCAGCAGCUGCCGUGAGCCGCAUGGUUGAUCCACGAAGAGCCGGGCAGACGAGCCCGAGCAAUCCAGCGGUGCCAGCAGUGAGAGAUGAGCAGAAGAAGGCAGAGGAGCAGGAUGGCAGCCCAUGCUCCCCAGCCAAAGUUGCGGCUGCCGAGGAUAAGGAGCUUGAAGCUGUAAAGGGCCUUGUAAGAUCUAGUAAGUGUGUCCGCACAGUGAUCGAAAGCUCCACCGCUGAUUUGGACGAG